UUCUGACUAGAAAAAAAGUCAGCCGGCGAACUUGUCAUUCUUCCCGAGUAGAAGCGCAGCGUUUCCCUUCACGCUGACACAAACUAACUUCAGACGUACUUUCUCUCUCUCUCUCUCUCUCUCUUUUUUUUUUUUUACUGUAGUUUGUGGUCUCUUCAUGUAGCAUAAAUGCCGAAGCUUUCGCCCAGAGCUCCGGGUUUCGUUGCCGUCCCCGUCUGCGUUCAUUGCUAGGCGAUGGACGGGAAGCAGAUCCAGGUGAGCGACGAAGAGCCCAAAGUCGUGCGAGAAGAGACCCGGAGGAGGAGAAGAAAGAAGGCCAUCACGUCGUCCUCUUGCUCCUCCAUGGAUCAGAUCACUGUGGAGUUCAUCCUGCCCACGACGGCGCGGGGCGGAAACAGCCCCGACACCGUGCUGCUGGAGGUGGCUGGAAACUGGACGGUGGAACAGGUGAAAGCUCAGGUGUGGCUAAAGGCGGUGACUUUAAACCUCUGUCACGACUUCUACCAGCGCUUUUCUCCCGACCACUGCAUCCUGCUCUACCAGAAGAAAGGCAACGUGUGUGAGAUUUAUGACAAGCACCAGGUCUUCCAGACGCUGGACUGCAUCCGUUACUGGAGAGCCCUGAAGAAAGACGUGGGUCGGAUCCAGCUGGUUCCCCGCCCUCAGCCCUCAGACGAGUCCCUGCAGUACCAGCGCUACCUCAACUACCUGAUUGGUUACGACGUGACUGAUGUCAGCAACGUGCACGACGACGAGCUGGAGUUCACGCGCAGGAAGCUGCUGACGCCGCGGCGCAUCGAGCUGUCAGACCGCGACCCGAAGCUCUACUCCAUGGACCCCUGGGUGACCCGCAAGCUGCUGCCUGAACACCUGCUCAGCAAGGUCAGUAACAAUCACAUCCUGGUGGUGAUCCACAUCGGCACGGUCAGCCAGACCAUCAAGGUCUCCAUCGAUGACCCGCCAGCUCAGGUGCUGGCGAGCUUUUUUGCCAAGACAGCAAACAAGAGAGUUUUGCUGGGCAUUCCUGACAACAUGUGUGAGGAGGACUUUGUUCUUCGAGUGUGUGGAAGGGAGGAGUACCUGUACGGGGAAAAACCACUGCAGAACUUCAACUGGAUCCGUCAGUGUCUGAAGAACGGGGAGGAAAUCCACCUGGUUCUGGAGUCGCCACCUGAUCCCGAGCUGGAUCAGGUCCAGAAGGAGGACUGGGCACAAGUGGACGACUGCACCGGAGUCGCAGGUACCCACGAGCAGUUGACCAUCGACGAGAAGGACCACGAACGAGUGUUCACCAUCUCCAUGUGGGACUGUAACAGGAAGUUCAGAGUGAAGGUGCUGGGGAUUGACAUCCCAUCCCUCCCCAAAAUCCCAGAGUUCAUUGUCUUCAUAGAGGCCAGCAUCUUCCACGGCCAGCAGCUUUUAGCGCAGGAGAGGACGUCCUCUAAAACCUUCAAUGAAGAAGUGUUGUGGAACAGCUGGCUGGAGUUUAACAUUAAGAUCAAGGACCUGCCGAAAGGGGCGCGCCUCAACCUCCAGGUGGUUUGUGGGAAGCAGCCCCAGACACCAAACUCCAAGACAGGGUCGGCCUACCAGGAUAAUACAGCAGGAACAGGCAGCCAUGAUGGAAAGACCAAGAGUCGUCUUCUGUACUACGUCAACCUGCUGCUGAUCGACCACCGCUCUCUGCUCCGCCAGGGCGAGUUCAUCCUCCACAUGUGGAAAAUGCCCGAGAAGAGCGAGGAGAGCAGCAGCAGCAUCAACGCGGACAAGCUCACCUCUGCCACCAACCCAGACAAGGCCUCAGCGAUGGCCAUCGCCAUUUUACUGGAUAAGUACUGCUACCCUGUAGUGCUGCCCAAGAGUCGGGAUGUGGGUCGAGACGUCAUGGCUGGGGGGGAGGAGGCGGAGGUUGGGGAGCGAGGUCAGAGAGAGAUGCCGAACCACCUGAAGAAACAGUUUGCGGCCAUCGUGGCUACCGACCCCCUGCACCCGCUCAGUCCUGAGGACAAAGAGCUGCUGUGGCACUUCAGGCAUGAGUGUAUGCGCGACCCCAGAGCCUACCCGAAGCUUCUGGGUUCAGUCCGCUGGGGGAAACAGGAGGACGUUUUGGCAACACACCGUCUGUUAGAGCGCAGCAGUGCGUGGGACAGCAGUGGUCUGGACGUGGGUCUGGCCAUGCAGCUGCUGGACUGUCAUUACUCAGACGCUCAGGUUCGCUCGAUGGCUGUCAGGAAACUGGAGACUCUGGAAGAUGACGAUGUGCUCAGAUACCUGCUGCAGCUUGUGCAGGCGGUGAAGUUUGAGCCUUACCAUGACAGCGCCCUGGUCAGGUUCCUGCUGAAGAGAGCUCUGAGGAGUAAGCGCAUCGGUCAUUUCCUGUUCUGGUUCCUGCGCAGUGAGAUCGCCCAGUCCAUGCACUACCAGCAGAGGUACGCUGUCCUGCUGGAGGCCUACCUGAGAGGCUGUGGUGAGGACAUGCUGCAGGACUUCAGGAAGCAGGUGGAGAUGACUGAGGCUCUGCAGAAAGUCACCCGAGAGGUCAAGGCCAUGUCCGCUGACAAGUACGACAUUACGGCUCAAGUGGUGUUUCAGUUGCGUCAGAAGCUGGAGAAUCUGCAGUCGUCUGGUCUGCCGGAGAGCUUCAGAGUCCCUUAUGAUCCUGGGCUCAGAGCCGGAGCCCUGCUGAUCGAGCAGUGCAAAGUGAUGGCAUCCAAGAAGAAGCCUCUGUGGCUGCAGUUCAAACGGGCCGACCCCACCACUCUGUCCAAAGACCCCAUCGGCAUCAUCUUCAAAGACGGCGACGACCUCAGACAGGACAUGCUCAUCCUGCAGAUUCUGCUGAUCAUGGAGUCGAUCUGGGAGACGGAAUCACUGGAUCUCUGUCUGCUACCGUACGGCUGCAUCUCCACUGGGAACAGAAUAGGUAUGAUUGAGAUAGUGAAGGACGCCACCACCAUCGCUAACAUCCAGCAGAGCGUCGUUGGAAGCACCGGAGCUUUUAAAGAUGAAAUCCUUUAUCAGUGGCUCCGGGACAAGUGUGUCAGCGAGGACAAGUUUCAGCAGGCGGUGGAGAAGUUCCUGUACUCCUGUGGAGGCUACUGUGUGGCCACCUACGUCCUGGGUAUUGGGGAUCGCCACAAUGACAACAUCAUGAUCACAGAAUCUGGGAACCUCUUCCACAUCGAUUUCGGCCACAUCCUGGGGAAUUAUAAGAGCUUCAUGGGAAUCAGUAAGGAGUGGGUUCCCUUCGUGCUCACGCCGGACUUCCUGUAUGUCAUGGGAACAUCGGGGAAGAAAAGUAGCCCCCACUUCCAGAAGUUCCAGGAUGUGUGUGUGAAGGCUUACCUCGCCCUACGGCACCACACCAACCUGCUCAUCAUCCUCUUCUCCAUGAUGCUGAUGACCGGCAUGCCUCAGCUGACGAGCAAGGAGGAUAUCGAGUACAUCCGCGAGGCGCUGACCGUCGGCCGCAGCGAGGACGAGGCACAGCGCCACCUACUGGACCAGAUAGAGAUCUGCAGGGAGAAAGGAUGGAUGGUUCAGAUCAACUGGUUUGUUCACCUGGUGCUGGGGAUCAAGCAGGGUGUGGAGAAACGGUCCACUUAGGAAAGAUUAAGAUUUUUUUUCUCAGCUUUUAUGUAAAUACAGCCUUGCGCGAGCGUUCCAGCCGAUGAAAAGUCUGAAAAGCUAACAUUAUUAUUAUUAUUAUUAUUAUUAUUAGUGUUAUUUUCAAAUCUGAGUUUACUGUCAAACUCCUUUAGACCAUGUGUCAUCUCAAAUAUCAAGAAUAACAAGAGCAGAAUGACUGACGUAUGGGACGUCACUGAGUGUAAAUCUUGUGAACCAUCAGUAUCAAUCAUCUCAACUAUGGGAAAAGACUGGAGCUGGACAAGCGAAACUACACAGGGUCGGCAAGAGCGACUGAAAAAGAGAAGAUGUGUUAGUGAGUAAAAGCCACGAGGAGAUUAACCUGAGAUACUGCAUGUACGCAGAGUUGGCACAAAGAUGUGUAGGUGCUAAUUCAAAUAGAGUUGAUGCUGUUCCAUUCAGACCAAGUCAAACAUCCAUGCUUAAGUCAAAAUAGUUUUUUUUCCAUUUUGCACUAUGACAAUCAUAAGUCUUUGCUCAAACUCUAAUUUCCUCAUCCAUUUAACUAUCUUUCCACCUAAGCAGUUAAUAGAAGAUUUUCUGUUAAAUAAGAAACCAAGAGUAAGGAAACGGAUCUCCGCAUCCUCGGUUUUCUUUUUCUUUUUUUUUUUAACAACGCUAACUACUUCCUGUUUCUGUUUGUAUUCAUUUCCUGCUGAGGAAAUCCUCGUCUCUCACACUUCCUUCACAUUGUUUUAAAACAUUUGAAAAGAUGGUACACGUCACACUGGUUAUUGAAUUCUCACUGAAGUAGUGCUGCACUGUCCCUCUGCUCCAAGAGGAGCCAUUAGACUGAAGAUUAAAGGGUAGCUCCACCAGUUUUACACAUUGAAGUGUGUUUACAGAUCUUGGGGAGAACUACUGUUACCAUUUAAAUGGCCAGUCUGCGACAUAGUUGGCAAAAAUAUUUAAUAUUUCAGAACAUUUACUGAUUAUUAUGAGAUGAAUUACUGAAUUAGUUGGACUGAAAAUACUUUUAUAUUAAAGCAAUGUUCGAAUUGAGAUUUUUAUUAUUUAUAUGAGCUACAACCAUUUUAUUUGCACUGAUUGUUGAGGAGUAACCUUGGUGCUCAUGAAACUUAAAUUCCAAAAAAUGUUUUGCAAGUUAAAUUUAAUGAUGCUAAUUUAUGACCACAUGCACGCCGGAGGCCUUGCAAGGCUACGGUGGCCUGAAGGUGACAUUAUGCACAUGCUGGUCAGUGCUGUAGUCACCUCUUUCUAGGAUGGUAGAACAUUUAGCCGAUUUUUUUUUUGUGUGUGACUUUUGCUGCCUCGUGAUUUGGAAUAUUUCGAUUACACCAUCAGGACAGUGAGAAGUAAAGUCAUUCUUUACACUUUAAGUGGAUUUUAAAUAUGCUGUGUGAUCAUUUUAUGUCUUAAACUGUGUUUUUAUGUUUCAUCCUGUUUUCAAACAAGCACUCGAAGCACUCGAGCUACCUUUGUCUGAAGGCAACCAGCUGGCUCUCAGGUGUUUGUUGAGAUGAAUCCUGAUGAAUGUUUGCGACUGAAGCAAGUUAGCAGGCAAGAUGAAACCAGAGAAACAACCCUGAAUGAAAUUCUGGCGUUGAUCAUCACAGAUUGUAGAUUUUGGUUACGUUUCAUUUUUUGAGGCACUUUCCACUUGGAGUUGAAAAGCGACCAAAGAAUCAGUCGUUGGAAAGUCAGUGGUCUACUUUUUUUUAAAAAACAUUUUAUUUUUAUUUUUAAAAGUGGUGUGAAGAUCCAAACCUUCCGUUUUUACUGCCAUGACGUUUCAUAACGAAGCCUUUUGUGACUGUACGUGCUUUCAAUCAUUGAAUCUGAAAAUGAAAAAACUGUAACAUGUCAGCUUUUCUUUAUAAUGAUAUCAAAAAAAUUAAAGUUAUGUUCUAUAUGUGUA